AUGAAGAAUGGACUAGGCGAUGGGUCUGAGAGUAUCUUGACCGCCAGUGAUGAAGACCAUCGCCGGAUGCGAAAGAUCUUUACGCCGGCUUUCAGCGAGAAGGGGAUUCGCAGUCGAGAGGGUAUGCUGAAAAAGUAUACAGAUCUCUUUGUGCAGAAAUCUGGUGAAUGGUUCGACCAGAACGGCAAGGUUGAUAUGUAUAUGUUCUCUAACUUUGCUUUGCUACCUUUGAUAUUGCCACGGAUCUUGUCUUUGGCGAAACUCUUCGCCUUUUGGAGAGGAUGGAGUACGAACCUUUCCUGA